AUGUCAGCAGACGAAUCCUUGAGAAAUAGGGCUGAGAACAUAUCAACGGCAUACUUUGGUGCUGAGCAGAUUGUCGUGGGAUUGUUCUUACGCCAUGUCGCCAGCGGUUGCGGCCGCCAUGAAUAUGUUGCGGACCAAGUUCGCGCUAAACGACGAGAAGAGGCAAACCGAUACCAUCGACAACCCUACGCCAACGAUCGUUGCCGCUUGGGGCUCCUCGAGUUGUACUCUCAUUGUUGCGCCUCGAUCGGAACAAUCAACAUGAGUCUUCGGUACGCGACGACGGGUGGUCGCAACGUGUUAGGGCAUCUUCGCGGCGCGUCCGAGAAAUACUGGCUCCACAGGAAUCGGAGGUCGGUAGGUACGGGCGGCGAUGUGUCGAGGCAGAAAAUUGAUCCACCCAGUCCGUCGAUCAACGGGAAGGCUUGGGUUUUGGGAGGCUUGGAGCCUAAUGUGUGCCGGGCUUUGCGCCUUCAGGACGAAUCCCCGGAUCUGCAAACCGGAGAGCUCGCCGAAGUUGGGCAGAAGGUGCCAACAAGCUCGCAGAGACUGUCGCUUGACUCGUGCAGCGCGGGCGAACAUACACCGCAUAACCUGCGGGCUGCCAUCUUACCACGAUUAACCCGUGCGUUGUGCAUUAGCUCUGAACUCUACUGGCCGCGGAGGCGCAUAACACUCUUCACAACUGGUACCUUGAUUUGA